GGUCUGAUAUGUGUGUGUGUGUUUUUUUUGUGUGGAGAAAACCGAAAAAGCGACGAGGAUGUUAGGACGGACACGUGUACACGACUUAUCCACGUGUCCAACUGUCACCUCACCACGUGACAUCUUCAUCCUCUCCCCUCCCGGAAGAAUCUCUUCCCCUUUCCCCGAGUCCAAUCACAAAACUCUAGCGAGGGAGGGAAAAAUGGCGACGAAGUUGAAGAUCAUUGACAAAAUUUACCUUCUCUGCGUUUUUUCUUUUAUCGUCCUCGUUGUCUUCUCGGCUGUUUCAGGAGAUAGCGGCCCAAGAGCAGAGCCGGAGGAGAAAGCGGCGCCGUUUUGGCUGUCUAGAAUCGGACAGUCUUCUCGAAAUUACUGGGCAAAGCUCGCGGAGACGUUGGGUCGUGGGCAUUCGUACUUUUUUCCUCCCAAAAUCGAUUUCAGCGGGAAAGGGGAGGCGACGGGAGGCGGUGGAUCGUCGACGGCGGGAGAGAAGGUGAAAGAAGCGGCGGCGAAGAGCUUUGAGAAGAGCAAAGAGACGGUGGACGAAGCCGCCAGAUCCACGGCGGAGACGGUUAAGAAGAUCUUCUCCGGCGAAGAACCGUUGCGGGCCGAGCUCUAAUACGUUGUGGUUUGGAGUUUUGGAGUGUCCAAGGAAGAACGAUACGGCGUCGUGUUCUAGUGUGUCACAUAUGUUUUUUUUUUGCAGGGGCCAACAUGUUUUUUUUAUUGUACCUUUAAUAUGUGAAAAUUUGAAUGCAGAAUGUAAUUAUGUGAUUGCUGAGUA